UAUAAAAGUCGAGCAUUUUUUUUUCAAAUCACUUACAACCGAGUCUAGUUUGCUAUCAAAUACCACUUCGAGAUGUACAAGUUGUUCGCCCUCGCUUUCCUGGCUGUAGCCACUGCCGCCCCAGCUGGCGAAGCUACUUCAUAUGCCUCAUUCAACGACAACCAGAACCACGUGCAACACAUUCAAUCAGCCCCCGUCCAGCACUACGCCGCCCCAGCUGUAACCAAAGUAGCUGUUCCAGUAGUAGCUAAAGUGGCCCCUGCUUACUACAGCGCCCCAGCUGCUCCUUCCUACCACAGCGCCCCAGUAGCUUCUUCAUACUACAGCGCACCUGCCGCCCCAGUAGCUUCUUCAUACUACAGCGCUCCUGCCCCAGUCGCCUCCUACUACAGCGCUCCUGCCCCAGUCGCCUCCUACUACAGCGCUCCAGCGCCAGCUAAAAUCGCCGUUCCAGUCGCCAAGAAGAUCAUCACUGUAGCCAAACAAGUUCCACAGUACUACGAAAAGGAGGAAUACGGCCCAGCUCAGUACGAGUUCGCCUACACCAUUGCCGACCCUCAUACCGGUGAUUUCCAUUCCCAAGAGGAGAAACGCGAAGGAGACCAUGUGGUUGGACAGUAUUCCCUUCACGAAGCUGAUGGUACUGUCAGAAUUGUGAAAUACUCCGACGAAGGACAUGGUUUCAAUGCCGUAGUGGAGAGGCAAGGCCACCCUACCGAAGCCCCAGUUUACAAGAAGGUGGUGGUUGCUGCUGCCCCUAAAUACCACUACUAGGAGAUUGACCGAGCGUUGAUUUGUACAUAUUGUUCUGGCUAAAUUAGCUGUUUUGUUUUUAUUUAACUUAUUUAUGACGUGAAUAAAUUAUGCAAGCAUUAAAA